AUGGCUACCUCGACUUUUGGUGUAAGGUGGUGUCGACCCAUCGCGCUGUUGUUGUUAUUAUGGACAACGUUCCUGCAUUUGACCUCGGCUCAGCUAUGCACCUUUUGGGAUGGGGGCUGUGUUGAUCCCCUGGCCCAGACGGCCAUCUCGCUCGACCUCCCGCCACUCUUCCUCGAGGACGUUAACUUGUAUUACGCCUACGAUGCAGAUUCCCAGGGUAAAGGCCAUGGUCCGAUGACCAAGGUUAGUUAUUGGCUGCGUUACGGUCGGGAGAUCAACAGUUCGGCCAUCACCACCAACCGCACAUCCGAACUGAGUCUUCGUGUCGGUAAUUUGACGGGCACGCCUUCCGGAAACAACAACGGAUGUGAUGGUAUUUGGGGUCCCCGCUGUUCGAGGGAUCUGAAGAAUUUGUUGAGUGGUGCUGUCUAUGAGUUGGCGACCGAGGGUGAAUACAAUUCGCAUCCUUUGCAGACGGUUCUCGACCAGAUGCACUCCACUCCGCCCUUUUUGGAAAACUGUCCGCCUCAGUUCUUUGAUGUUCAGUCGGCUCCGGUAAUUCGAUUCGCUCAAGAAUCAAAGCCAGAACGUACCGCUACCAUCCAAACAGCUGGGUCGAACAUCAGCCCAUGGAAAACAUGGUAUAUCGAUCGUAUGAGCGCCCGUCAACAGGCCGAACAAGUUGCCGUCGCCAUCUUCAGUCGCAGUCCAUCCGAUGACAGCCCACCUCCUUCCAGUAAAGACGAUAUACAAAUUGAACUGGCUUGUCUUCAAGCCCCGUCCGGAAAUAAAUUCAACGAAGACCCAGACUCUUAA